GGUGUUUCCGGACUGGGGGCUUCUUCUGAUCUUGGUUGUGUUUACCACUUUCAGUUGCUCAGUUGAAGAGGAAGACUCGUUUUUAACAAAUCCUCUUUUGUUUUAGAGGUUUCCACAGUUCCCAAAUAUAAAAGAAGAUGGCGCAGUGGUGCCAGCUUCAGCUGCUGGGCAGUAAGUGCCUGGAGCAGGUGGACCAGCUGUAUGAUGACUCCUUCCCCAUGGACAUCCGGCAGUACCUGAGCAGGUGGAUCGAGAGUAUCGACUGGGACACGGUGGCCGUUCAGGACUCGCUGGCCACCGUUCGAUUCCACGACCUCCUGGCUCAGCUGGACGACCAGCACAGCCGCUUCGCUCUGGAGAACAAUUUCCUGCAGCAGCACAACUUCCGCAAGAUCAAGAGGAACCUGCAGGAUCGCUUCCAGGAAGAUCCUGUCCACAUGGCCAUGAUCAUCUCCAGGAACCUGAAGGAGGAGCAGAAGAUCUUAUCAGAUGCAGCGAGCAUGAAGGAGGGGGAAGGGGCCAUGUCGGCCAUGGUGGUGGAGAAGCAGAAGAUUGACAGCAAAGUGAAGGAGAUGAAGGACCGAGUCCAGGUGGUGGAUCAGAACAUUAAGAACCUGGAGGACGUGCAGGAUGAGCACGACUUCAAAUGCAACACUCUGAAGAACAGAGAGAACGACGUGAACGGGAUGUCACAGAAGGAGCUGGAGAUGGAGAAGCUGACCAUCGCCAGGAUGUGCUUGGAGCUGAAGUCCAAACGUCAGGAAGUGGUGAUGCAGCUCACCGACCUCCUCAACGUCACCCAGGCGCUGCAGUCGGACCUGAUCAACGAGGAGCUGCCCGAGUGGAAGCAGCGGCAGCAGACGGCCUGCAUCGGCGGGCCGCCCAACGCCUGCGUGGACCAGCUGCAGAACUGGUUCACCACCGUGGCCGAGACCCUCCAGCAGGUGCGGCAGCACCUGAAGAAGCUGCAGGAGCUGGAGCAGAAGUUCACGUACGACAGCGACCCCAUCACGCAGAACAAGGCCUUUCUGGAGAACCGAGCUCUGGAGAUGGUCAAGAACCUCCUCUGCAACUCCCUGGUGGUGGAGCGGCAGCCCUGCAUGCCCACCCACCCACAGAGACCGCUGGUGUUGAAAACAGGCGUCCAGUUUACGGUGAAACUCCGGUUUCUGGUGAAGCUGCUGGAGUUUAACUACCAACUCAAAGUCAAGGCUCUGUUUGACAAGGACGUCACAGAGAAAAAAGGGUUUCGAAAGUUCAACAUUUUGGGCACAAACAUCAAAGUCAUGAACAUGGAGGAGUCCAACGGGAGUCUGACGGCCGAGUUCAGGCACCUGCAACUGAAGGAGCAGAAAGUCGCAGGCAACAGAACGAACGAGGGUCCGCUGAUCGUCACCGAGGAGCUCCACUCGCUCAGCUUCGAGUCCGAGCUGCAUCUCAACCAGGCGGGAUUCAACGUCAAACUGGAGGCCAUGUCUCUGCCCGUGGUGGUCAUCUCCAACGUGUGCCAGCUGCCCAGCGGCUGGGCCUCCAUCCUCUGGUACAACAUGCUCACCACGGAGCCCAGGAACCUGAAGUUCUUCCUGUCCCCGCCCGCGGCCCAGUGGUCCCAGCUGUCCGAGGUGCUCAGCUGGCAGUUCUCCUCCGUCACCAAGCGGGGCCUGAACCAGGAGCAGCUCAACAUGCUGGCCGACAAGCUGCUGGGAGUCAAAGCCCAGAGGAACCCAGAAGGACUCAUCCCCUGGACCAAAUUCUGCAAGCACAGCACCAAUGAGAAGUCUUUCCCCUUCUGGCUGUGGAUCGAAGGGAUCCUGGAUCUGAUUAAGAGGCACCUCCUGUUCCUGUGGAACGACGGGUCCAUCAUGGGCUUCAUCAGCAAGGAGCGGGAGAAGCACCUGCUGAGCAACAAGUGUCCGGGAACCUUCCUGCUGCGCUUCAGCGAGAGCAGCCGGGACGGAGCCAUCACCUUCACCUGGAUCGAGCACGACGUGCACGGAAAGCCGCUGUUUCACUCGGUGGAGCCGUACACCAAGAAGGAGCUGACGGCCGUCUCGCUGCCCGACAUCAUCCGCACCUACAAGGUGAUGGCGGCGGAGAACGUGCCGGAGAACCCGCUGCGCUUCCUCUACCCCAACAUCCCCAAAGACAAGGCCUUCGGGAAAUACUACCCCAAACCCUCCGAGACAUCGGAGCCCAUGGACGUGGAGAGCGUGGACAAGAGCGGCUACAUGAAGACGGAGCUCAUCUCCGUCUCGGAAGUACACCCGUCCAGGAUGCAGGACAACAUGAUGCCCAUGUCUCCCGACGACUACAGGAUGCUGCAGCAGAUCGUGAGUCCGCGAGACAUCGACGCCGUGACCGACAAUCUGAUGGACUUUCCUCAGUUUGACAUGCAGAUGAACUCGGAGUUUUCUGAAGAGAACUGAAGACGCGCGGACGUUGAACGGAGCCGAGGUCAGAGGUCACCGCGAGACGGCGGAGAGCUCCACCGUCUCGCGGUGAGAGAUCACAGAACUGUAACGCUUCGAGUCAGCACUUUCAGGCCACUGUCAGUGGGAUGAGUUUUGCUUUGGCUUCUUUUUGUACAUUUCGUUGUCCCGUCUGCUGUAAAACAGCAAAAGCUUUUGAACUGUGCUUCUGCUUUCUGUGAGGUUUUCAUCCACAAAGCUAGAAAAAAAAAAAUCUGCUGAGCCGUGGAAUACCGCACCAUUAUGUGUGAAUUUAUUUACUGGUGAAAUAAACACUUAAAAAAAAAAAAAAAAAGAUAAAACCAACUUCAUUCCGGAGGUUGAAAAUCACUUUACACUGACAGAGAAACUUUUUU